AUGGACGCCCAAGGCCCGUUCUUAGUGAUUCCGACGAAGCGGGGUGCCGUUCCGACCUUGACGCCGGCGCAGGCGAACGCGAUUCUCGAACCAUCGGAGCGAAUCCUGGCCACCAGCGUCUUUGAGGCGAUGGACUUUGUGAAGCCAUGCAUCGAGGCCGGGAUGCCGUUAAGCACGUACUGCGGUCUGAGCGGGUACAAGACUGUGCUGACGCUGCGCUCGUCUUUCCACGGCCUGCACGCAAGUGCGUCCUCCACCGACACCACGGUAGCCGGUGAUAACGAGAGAGGCCGGGCCGUGGUUUCCUUUGAGAAAUGGCGUGAUGUAGUCAUGGCGACGCGGCCAAAUUUGGCGGUGGCCGUACACGAAUCUGUUCCUCUUUGUGAGCCACUGAACAAGCGACGACGCGUCGCCACCACUCGCUCGGAAACGUGGCUGGCCAAGACCGAAGAGGCAUCGGACCUGGGGUGCACUAUUCUGCCGUCCAUCUCGGCUGGAUGCACACACGAUGGUGGCUACAUUGACGCUGUGCCUCGCGGGGAGAACAGCUACGAGUUUUUCCAAACCCUUCAAGCACUGCAGCUAUCGCCAAAAAAGUGCACAAUGUGCGUUGCGCCCAGCAUUUCUGCGAUUCUUGCCGCCAUGGUGAGCAACGUGUCACUGAUGGAGUGCCCACUGCCGUGGACGCUGGCCGAAAAAGGUGUAGCUCUGCUUCUUCCCUUGGAGGAGACGACGACGGCCCCAGAGUCUGUUGUACCUCUUCUGGACUUGAACGACAACAUGUUUGCACUCGACAUCAACCCUAUCGCUGAGGGGUGCGACUGCUUCACCUGCAAGCGGCACUGCCGCGCUUACCUGCACCAUCUUCUUACCGUUCAGGAAAUGAACAGCGACAUUCUUUUGGUAAUGCAUAAUCUUGCGCAGGUGGUUCGACUCGUCCGGGCCUACAGGUGCGCCAGCGCGCCAACGCGUGAGGCCCUUGUGAGUCGCGUCGGUUCCGCACUGUGA